AUAAAAAAAAAGAAACAUAGCUAUUUAUGAUUUUUUUUAUUAAUAUUAUUUGCAAUAAUAGAAAAUUAAUAAUAUAAUUUUUUGAAAGGUAACUGGAUCACACAAAAUAUGAAGUUUUUAUCUUUUGUUGUCAUUUUUAUAGCUACUGACUUUGCAGAACCAAAAUGCAAUAUGGUUUGUCUUCACAUUGUGCAACCACUGUGUGCUAGUGAUGGGAAAACAUACAGCAACGAAUGUGAAUUAUUGGUCGCGUCUUGUAUUAAACGGGUGUCAAUCAAAAAAGUUCACGAGGGUGCAUGCAGUGUUGAAGAUAAAUGCAAUUUUCCUUGCAAUAAAAUGUAUGCUCCAGUGUGUGGCAGUGACGGGAAUUUAUACUCAAAUGAGUGUCUAUUGAGAGUUGCUUCGUGCAAGCAAAAGAAAGCUAUCUCAAUUCUGCAAAAUACAAAGGAUGGAAAUUGUUCAUGCCCGCUUGCAUGUGCUGAUGAAUUUAACCCUGUUUGUGGAUCAGAUGGCAUGACAUAUUCUUCCGAUUGUGUAUUGCGCCGAUACGUCUGUCUAAACAUGAAACCAGUUAUUAAUGUCAAGAAAGGAAUAUGUUAACAUAUAUUCAAGGAAUAUAACAUGCCUCAAGAAGUCUUUACGGUCUUAUCGCAGAGCACCGCGGAUGUGCAUUUAAUUAGAAGUUCACGCCUCCUUCCUAACCGAUGUCGCAAAACUUGCCCAGAAGUGGGAAAUGAACCACGGAUCCUUUAUUUCUGAGGCACUCACUUUUACUUUUUCGUUGGUUUGUGAAGGGGGACCCAAUAGCUUUUUCUUAUACACGAUAACUUAAAUUAGUCGCAAAUAUUUUUUAAAUAUUUUUAAUCAGCUUAAAAUCUGAAAAAGAAUUUUAAAGAGUUAGAUUAAUCGAGUUUAUCGAGUUCUAAAUUCAUUUUUUCUUGAGACGUUUGUGUCAUUCAUGUGUAAAUAAAAUUUAAAUAAAUUUUUUUUUUCAA